CAGAAUGCUUUGCUAUUCCGACAUUGGAGAUGCAAUCACAGGAAGUGUAGCUAAACUAAAGCGAAGAAACUGAACUAGCUGAUAUUUAGACCGUGUUUCUGGUUGCAGGGAAUGGCUUGCUCUCUGGAGAAGGUGCUGUCAGACGCCAGGUCUCUGGUGGAGAGGCUUCGAGACCACGAUAAUGCUGCAGAGAUCCUCAUCGAGCAGACCACCCUGCUGAACAAACGGGUGGAGGCUAUGAAGCAGUAUCAGGAGGAAAUAGAGGCACUGAACCAAGUGGCGAGACAUCGACCACGAUCAACUCUAGUCAUGAGCAUUCAGCAUGAAAACCGACAAAUAAGGGAACUCCAGCAGGAAAAUAAAGAGUUGCGUACUUCUUUAGAAGAGCACCAGUCGGCUCUAGAACUGAUCAUGAGUAAAUACAGAGAGCAGGUGUUCCGCCUACUCAUGGCCAGCAAGAGGGAUGACCCUGCUAUCGUAACACAGCUAAAAGAACAGCACACUAAUGAGAUGCAGGCACACAUAGACAAGAUAAACGAGAUGGCUAUAGUAAUGAAGAAGGCCAUUGAGGUGGAUGAAGGCCGAGUGUGUGAAGAUGAGGAGCGGAUCAAACAGCUUGAGUUGGAGAACCGAGGUCUGCGGGAGUUGUUGGGGAUCAGUCGAGAGGCCUUUCUGGUGCUGAAGAGAGAAGAAGCGUCUGAGAGCACGUCGCUGUCACCGCUCGUCUCCAGCACUGACUUGAGCAUGAGGAAGAGCUAGAGUGCUCCCCAAACAAUGGACUCUGCCUAACACUGAAUUCAGUCCCAAUGACAUGCACACACAAACACACACACACACACACACACACUCACAUGUGCAGUGCACAGCACUAUUUAAAUCUCCUCUGGAAGAGGAGGCUUCCAGCUUCUCUUGCCUGCAUUCAUGCAGGCUUAUCAUGUUGUAGAUGGACCUGUACAUUCAUGCACAUCUAGGUAGUUCUAAAGCACAUCCUCUAGCCAUAUGGCCUUUGAAGCAGAGGCCAUUACAGUCGUAUUUAUGAUCUUAAUAUGAUGACCCAGGCUCUUUGUCUUUGCAGAGUUAUGUUCAUUGAAUGAUUCUAAGCUUUAUUUAGAGUUAGACUUGUAUAUUAUAACGUGGUCACAGAUGGCAGAUAUGAUUAUCCCCAGAUAACAUUUGGUUACUGAAUAAUUUACAAGCCUGUACGGUAAACAUCAAAAAACAAAAACAGUUUGAGGGCCCACCCCAUGCUAGUUUUGAUCCUGUCUGUUUUGACUAGGUUAAGGCAUAUGGCCAGUGGGUUAACUCUGCACUGAGCAGAGUCCCCUUGUUAUCUGAUUAAGACGAGCAACUUGUAUGAGUUUUGUAAAUAAAUGUUGACUGAUGGCAAACAGCACAUAAGACUUGCACUUGCUCAAGAGGACAGGUUCAGUCUUUGCUGUCGUGUGUGGUAGAGCUGCCUUUGGCACAUGAUACGCUGAUGUUUUGUGAGUGAUGUAUGUAUGGAUGAAAGAAUGUCUGAAUUAUUUGAAGUUUAUUAAAAUUGCCUUUACAUUGUUA